UGGGAUUGGUCAAAAGCCUGGCUAUAGAAAGUUUAUUUAAGGCGUGGUAUAAUAUAGUAAGCCACACUUUACGAAAUUGAAGUGGAAGGCAGUCAUGGGAAUUGUAUUGCUACUGGGUAUCUUCAUUGCGGUGGCUACAAGCCCUUCUGACGCCACUUCAUGUAAAAAAUGUCCACCAUAUUGGACUAACUACGGACAUAGUUGCUAUCGAGUCUUUGAAUCAUUAAAGACUUGGAACGAGGCACAUGUGGCUUGCUCCUACCUAGGCAGAAAUAGUGAUCUCGUCUCCAUCGAAAGUGAUUAUGAAAACAAUUUUGUUUCUACGCUUUGGAAAACUUCUCACAAUGUGUUCGUUGCCAAUUCAUACACAUACUGGAUUGGCUUGAUGAGGUCUGGCAGCAGUUGGCGCUGGUCUAACUACUCAACAUCCCGGUACAGAAAAUGGGGAUCCGGUGAACCCAAUAACAAUGGAGGAAAUGAAAAUUGCGUUCAUCAGUGGAAAAAGAAUGGCAAUUAUCUGACCUGGAAUGACAUUGGUUGUAACAAUUUGUUAUCUUACGUAUGCGAAAUGCCCCCGUCAUAUUAAA